AUGGACGGUGGGCACAUCGUGCUCUCUGGCUGGCUGAAGAAGUCACCCCGGGAGAAGAAGUUUGGGCUCCGUAUCUGGAGGAAACGCUGGUUUGUUCUGCGGGGUGGCCAGAGGCGCAGCAGGGAAGGUGUUCUGGAAUACUAUGAGAACAGCUGCUCUAAGAAGCCCCGAGGGAGCAUCGAUCUGAGCCUCUGUGAGGCCCUCAAUUCCGGUGUGACCUUCCAGAGCACCAGGCAGCCAAAAGGCUUUGUGUUUGGCAUCGAGACGAGGGAGCGCACGUUCUACCUGUUGGCCCGGUCAGAGGAUGACAUGCACAAGUGGGUGGAGAGCAUCUGUCAGAUCUGUGGCUUGGGGCCCGUGGAGGAGAACACAGGCAACAAGGGUGGUUGCAACCUGUCCAGAUGGCGCCAAUCCUGCAGACCACGACAAGCAGCAGAGCCCAGCUCUUCUCCCAGAGGGAGCAGAUGA